UCUCCAGUGCCUGUUCCCCCAGUCGAACCAGGGAAUCCAUCUCCAGUGCCUGCUACCCCAGACGAACCAGGGCGUCCAUCUCUAGUGCCUGCUCCCCCAGUCGAACCGGGGAAUCCAUCUCCAGUGCCUGCUCCCCCAGUCGAACCAGGGCGUCCACCUCUAGUGCCUGCUCCCCCAGUCGAACCGGGGAAUCCACCUCCAGUGCCUGCUCCCCCAGUUGAACCAGGGAAUCCAUCUCCAGUGCCUGCUCCCCCAGUCGAACCAGGGAAUCCAUCUCCAGUGCCUGUUCCCCCAGUCGAACCAGGGCGUCCACCUCUAGUGCCUGCUCCCCCAGUCGAACCGGGGAAUCCAUCUCCAGUGCCUGCUCCCCCAGUCGAACCGGGGAAUCCAACUCCAGUGCCUGCUCCCCCAGUCGAACCAGGGAAUCCAUCUCCAGUGCCUGCUCCCCCAGUUGAACCAGGGAAUCCAUCUCCAGUGCCUGCUCCCCCAGUCGAACCGGGGAAUCCAACUCCAGUGCCUGCUCCCCCAGUUGAACCAGGGAAUCCAUCUCCAGUGCCUGCUACCCCAGACGAACCAGGGCGUCCAUCUCUAGUGCCUGCUCCCCCAGUCGAACCGGGGAAUCCAUCUCCAGUGCCUGUUCCCCCAGUCGAACCAGGGAAUCCAUCUCCAGUGCCUGUUCCCCCAGUCGAACCAGGGAAUCCAUCUCCAGUGCCUGCUCCCCCAGUCGAACCGGGGAAUCCAUCUCCAGUGCCUGUUCCCCCAGUCGAACCGGGGAAUCCAUCUCCAGUGCCUGUUCCCCCAGUCGAACCAGGGCGUCCAUCUCUAGUGCCUGCUCCCCCAGUUGAACCAGGGAAUCCAUCUCCAGUGCCUGCUACCCCAGACGAACCAGGGCGUCCAUCUCUAGUGCCUGCUCCCCCAGUCGAACCAGGCGUCCACCUCUAG